UACGAGCCAAAACAGUGGCCUCAAACGUGAUUGGCUGAUUUUCACGGAAGGCGGGAUUUCAUCAGGCUCUCCACCAAUCGUCUGCGCGAAUGUGUAACGCAUUGCGGGGCGACCAACAUGGAGGCUGGGAGUUGUUGUCGUUAUUGUUAGCAGAUGUGGGCAUGCUGAUGCUCGGCUGGUGUCUGGGAUCGAGGAAGAGGUGAGGACCAAAAUGGAUGCUGAAGGUGGAGCUCAAGGCCACAGCGAAGGAAGUGCAGAUACUACCCCAGGCACUUCAGAGGCGUCGGCUCAAGGAAGAGAUGGACCAAGUGCGAAGAAGACACCUCUGAAGAGGAAGUCCAGUGUGCCUGCGAGUGCAAAGACGAAAAAGCGCAAAAAGGCCAAAGUCCGCCGGCCACCUAGGCUCGGCUACACCGUCCAAGAAGGGGAUGAUAUGCUUCUGGUUAUAUCCAACACCAGCCAGUAUGAUAACUUAGCAUGGCGUCCAAAGAAAAAAGGAAGCAGGAAAAAGAAGCUCAUUAAGGGAAAAUCCAAAGGUGCUCAGAUUAAGAAGAAAAAGGCAGGACCCUUCAAGCCUAAACCAGGAAAGAAUCCACCCAUCGAGAAAGCGGAGGGCACUCUGCAUCAACCGGAGCGAGGCACAGACCACAGAUGGGGUCAGAGUCUUCCAGAGGAGGUGCUUAUCAGUAUUUUUCAGAUGGUGGUCCUCCAAGAUGGUGCAGUGCCAUUUCUCUGCAGGAUGGCAAGAGUGUGUCACCUGUGGAAUGCUGCGGCCUCCAGCCCUGCCCUGUGGCGCAGAGUGUCUGUCGGUUACUGCUGGAUUGAGCCCGGGAAGAGUCAGCUGCCUCGAACAGAGAUGAAGAUAAAGGACACUGUUAACUGGCUGGCACUGAAUAGAUUAUCUCAGCUAAGAGACUUUUCACUUUGUCACUGGAAGAAAAAUGUUGACUAUGCAGUAGAAGUUGUGUCCCAGUCAUGCCCUCAUCUACGCUCCCUCACGCUCUCGUACUGCACAGGCGUGACAGAGAAGACCUUCCAGAGCCUGGGUGCAAACAGCCGCUCUCUGGAGACCAUAAAUGUGCAGUACUCAGAGUUUCAGGUUGAAGGUCUUGUGGCCCUCUUAGAAUCCUGCGGCAGCCAAAUCAAACAAGUUUUGUUCACUCAUGGACCCAAAAAUGACAGACUUCUAGCUGCUAUCUCUAGAGGGUGCUGCCCUGAUUUGGAGUUGUUGGAGAUCAACACAAAACUCGACAGUGGAUAUUGCCAACUUCCUGUUUGUAUUCAGGGUCUCCAAAGUGGAUGUCCUAAAUUAAAGAUAUUUCGGAUGCUGAAUGUCAUACCUAUGCAUAAGGUGAUGCGUAACGGGCCAGAUUCCACAUCAGGCUUCCCGUUGCUGGAGGAGCUGUGCAUGGCCACAACAUCUGUUUCCUUCAUGACUGACAAAGAUUUGAGAGACAUUCUCUUUGGCUCCACCAAGCUCCGCGUGCUGGAUCUGCGUGGCUGCUCUCGCAUCACACCAUCUGGUCUGGCAACUUUACCCUGUGUCGAGCUUGAGUGUCUUUUCUGGGGCCAGUAUUUCAACAGCAAAGUUGCAUUAUCAUCACCUAAGAAGGGACUUCACAUGCUGACUGAAAAAUGGAGUGGAACCCUGCAAGAGCUUGACAUUACAAAUCACAUCUUCACUGAGGAGGAUUUGGAGAUAGCAAUGAGCUACCUCGCUCAGUCAUCCAACGCCGAUUCACUGCGUUCACUCAACCUCAGCGGAACCAAGAUCACAGCACCCGUUCUCAGGUUACUCAUUGGCCAAUCAACUGGACUCAACUACCUCAACUUGUCCUCUUGCCGCUAUCUUCCAAGAGGCCUAAAGAGAGUUUACCGAGGCCAAGAAGACAUUCGCCAACUUCUGGACAAAUUAGAAUAGCAUUCAUCUUCAUUUGCUCAGAAAUCACAAGGUAUACUUGAAUAACCUAAAACCAAGCUACUUUGUCAGCUGUCUUACAUAAGUGACAGGAGUUUUUCACCCAAAGGUGCAUUCAUAGUAAUCUCACACAAUAUUUGUGAAUCUAACAACACUCUUCUAUUGCUAGAAUGCAGCUAAAUUUCAAUCUGUGAUGUCAGUGAGAGAUUUGUGAGUCUCAUUGUGAACACAGUGAUAGAGCCCUGGAUAACAUAUUGCCAGACAAUGAGAUGCUAAACAUUUCUUAAGUCAAUUACACUUUGAUUGAAUUGAAUUGCUAUGUUCUAAAUAACAUAAUAAUAAUUUGUCUCAUAGCCACUUAAAAUAUCCCCAGGGUCAUUGUGUAAAUUAGGUCAGUGUGCCAUUCAAUAUAAGUGGACCUGUAACAAAAAGUCUCUUGAUCACACCACAAGAAGACAGCUGUUUCUCCUGGCCUUGCUUUGGAAGAGACUUGUAUGUGUUCAUAAAUCUUGACCAUAAGAGAUAAUAGGAACAGCAUUAGUUUCAGUUAACUGUCAGUUUUCAUGUUGAGACAUCUAUAAUUCUCAGUGAUGUCAUAAGGGUGCUGUUAUAACAAACAUACUUCAGGUUUAAAUAUGUCUACAUUAAGCUUGAAUGAAGCGCUAGAAGAACAGGGGGAUGAAAUUGACCUAGGAGUUGAAUAAAUUUGCAUGAAUCACACCAUGUGUACAUGUAAAGCCACAGGAAACAGAAACUUUAAUUUCUCUUCAGUUAUGUUGUUUUGUUGUAUUUUAAAUAUACGCAUAUGAAAAAAGGAAAUAUUCCAGUACAGAAAAAGUUAACCAGGACCAUUUACAUGUAAUAUCUGUCCUUUUUUAAAUAUGUUUUUUAACACUGAAUAAUAAAAACGACAAAAAAAUAAAA